AUGGAAGGACACAGCCCAAAGCCAUUUCUAACAAAGAUAUACGCCAUUGUUGAGGACCCUUCAACUGACAGUGUUGUCUCAUGGAAUGCAGGAAAUAACAGUUUUCUGGUGAAAGAUCCCCACCAUUUCUCUCUUCAUUUGCUCCCUCGCUACUUCAAACACUACAACUUCUCUAGUUUCGUUCGACAGCUCAACACAUAUGGAUUUCGUAAAGUGGAUCCUGAUAGAUGGGAAUUUGUGCACGAAUGCUUUCUUCGAGGCCAAAAGCACUUACUCAAUGCAAUUCGUCGAAGGAGGUCCAUUCGUCAGUUGGGUCCCAAAUAUGAUUUGAAAGAGGAUUUACAGAGGCUUAACGAGGACGAGGACGCUGACGCCAUUCUUAUGGAGGUUGUUCAACUGAAGAAGGAGCAGGAAAGUAUUGAUAGAGAACUCGAAGAAAUGCAGAGGCGUUUUGCUUUCACAGAGAAAACACCUCAGCAGAUGAUGUCCUCCUUCCAAGCCGUCAUUCAUAAUCUGAAUCCCACUGUUCAAAUGCUCCAAACCAGCGAGUUCGAUGGUUGUAAAAAGAGAAAACUAUUGCCAAUGGCGCAUAACCAGAAGCGGAAGAUAACAAGGCCUAAAUCGGGCUUGGACUGUACAAAGAGUUUGAUGGAUCCUGGGAUGAGUAGUAAAUCAUCGAUUACAGGUGGGUUUGAAGAUUUUGUGCCUGUGAUGGACUGA